AUGUCAAAACCUUCGAAGUAUCUCCACUUGGCAUUUCGUUGGAUUGGGCUUUGCGUGCCCUCCAAGGAUCUAUCUCCAAAACCACAGGUUGGCAAAAUUGGUGUGGGUGCUGGUUCAUCAACUGUUUUGCUGGAGGAACUCAUGGACGAUUUUGUCUACAUAUCGACACAUCAACGACAUAUAUCAAGCCAUGAGCAAAAACUACAGAUUCACAGCCUCAGAAACAACUCCCUUCGUUCUAUAGUUAAUCAAGAAGCGAACAAUGAUGGCGGACAGCCAGAAGGUGUGAAAAUAAAGAAUAAUCGAACGAGAGAGCCGAUCAAUCGAAGGUGA